CUUCUCUGAGAAAUAGACAUCUGGCUCGUUUGAUAUCCCGGAGAAGAACGUGGUAUGUGGCUUUCUGAUAAACCGUGUUGCUGAGUCAUGGCUGGGAAGUCUUUACAGAGAUCCCCCUCCGACUGGUAGCAGGUUGCUCGGCACACCUCGUCACAACUUCUGGCUGAGACAGGACUAAGCAAAGCCGCUUCCCACCAAGGGCGUUUCAGACAUGAAAGCUCACCAUCUUCCCUAGAGAGUCCCAGCCCUGCAAAAAAUUACCCAGCGCAUCUGCGGGGAAGACUGGUGGCAAACGGUCUGUGGUGGAAGGAAGUUCUCGGCAACUGUUGGUGGCCAGCUAAGGAGAGGAUGGCAAGUUGGCUUCGUAAUCCCUCAAAGGAACCAGAGAUUGAGCUGUUUGUAAAGGCUGGCUUGGACGGACAGAACAUUGGAAACUGCCCAUUCUGUCAAAGCCUCUUUAUGGUAUUAUGGCUCAAAGGUGUCAGAUUUAAUGUCACCACUGUGGAUAUGACAAGGAAACCGGAUGAGUUGAAGGAUUUGGCCCCAGGCAUCAACCCUCCAUUUUUAGUCUUCAACAAGGAGCUGAAAACAGAUUUUCUGAAGAUUGAAGAUUUUCUGGAGCAGACACUCUCACCACCUAAGUACCCACAGCUCACUCCUCAAAACAAGGAGUCCAUGGAUGUGGGCAGAAACAUUUUUGCCAAAUUCUCCGCAUACAUCAAGAACCCCCAUAAGGAAGCAAAUAAAAAUUUGGAGAAAACUUUACUGAAAGAGUUCCAGCGCUUGGAUGAUUACUUAAGAAACCCCCUGCCUGAAGAAAUUGACCAGAACUGUGCUGAAGACCUUCUGGUUUCUGAAAGGAAAUUCUUGGAUGGAAACCGGAUGACAUUAGCAGACUGCAACCUUCUGCCCAAACUCAACAUCAUCAAGAUUGCCGCCAAGAAGUAUCGCAACUUUGAGAUCCCUUCGGAGAUGACUGCAGUUUGGCGCUAUCUCCGUCAUGCUUAUGCCCGGAAUGAGUUCGGCCACACUUGUCCAGCUGAUGAGGAGAUCGAACGCACUUACGCCAGCGUGGCGAAGAAGAUGAGCUAAAGAUCAUGCUCUGGACGUUGGUGCCUGCAAAGCAAGGGUGGGAUUCUACCGGUUCGGACCGGUUCUAUAGAACCGGUUGUUAUAAUUCUGUGCAGUUCGGAGAACC